AUUUAAUUAGAUGGCUUUGAAAUCUGCUGCUUUAUUUGAAAAGAUGGAUCCAUUCAUCAAAAGUUAAGGAGCUGAAUUAGUUAAAAAAAUCAAUGCUGUUUAUUACUUUGAAGUAUCAAAGGCAAAAGGAGAAACUCCAGAAGUUUGGACUGUUGAUCUUAAAAAUGGAACAGGAGUAUAUCAUAUUAUUUAUAAUCAAAGUCAAUCUCUAAAGGAAAGGUUGGAACAGCUGAUGCCACCUUCACUAUGGUAGAUGAUGAUAUGAUUGCUAUGGCUCAAGGAAAAUUGAAUCCUCAAUAGGCUUUUAUGCAAGGUAAAAUGAAAAUCAAAGGAAAUAUGGCCGCAGCAACCAAAUUCACCCCAGAUUUGUUACCAAAGGAUGCAAAACUUUGAGUAAAAUAUAAAGAUCCAUAUCAUAUAUUCCAUUAUUAAUUCUAUA